ACAGCUGCAGCCUGCUGACUGAGCGGACACAACAGAACCAAGAAGAGCUGGAUUGCAAUCUGAGCUGACAGAGUCUCUUUUACAUUGGGAACGACAAGGCAAUUGUUGUUUAUGCAGCCUUCAUCCUCUUAAACGUAACCGAGGGCUGAAGAGGACAGAAUAUUGCAGUAAAGUCGUCAGUCUGGUCACCGUUAGCGAUUUGGUAACCGGCUAGCUAGCUAACAGUUAGCCAGCGCGCAGUAAGUUAGCCACUUCUGCGCAUUAGCUAGCUAGCCAGGGUAUUUUUUAUAUUGUAUAGACUGUUGGAAGACGCCGUUCACAGUGUUGCAGCAAAGUGCAUCGAAGAAUCUGAACGUGGUCGACGUGCUGGUCGGCUCGUUAGCCCAUUGCAGUGCCUCCUAACAGCGGGCUAGGAUAUGAGAAAGAAUGAGUCAAAGGGACACCCUGGUUCAUCUCUUUGCUGGAGGCUGUGGGGGCACAGUUGGUGCAAUCCUGACGUGCCCGCUGGAGGUGGUCAAGACCAGGCUCCAGUCGUCCUCCGUCACCACCUUCUACGUGUCUGAGGUGCAGCUCAGCGGCGUCAAUGGGGCCAGCGUGGCGCGCAUGUCCCCCCCAGGUCCCCUGCACUGCCUCAAGUUAAUACUGCAGAAAGAAGGACCUCGAUCGCUCUUUAGAGGUCUGGGGCCUAACCUUGUGGGCGUGGCUCCUUCUAGAGCCAUAUAUUUUGCCGCCUACUCGACAGCGAAGGAGAAACUAAAUGGCGUGUUCGAGCCCGACUCCACACAGGUGCACAUGGUCUCGGCCGCCUUAGCAGGGUUCACAGCGAUUACGGUAACCAAUCCAAUCUGGCUUAUCAAGACCCGCUUGCAACUUGAUGCCAGGAACCGAGGUGAGCGUCACAUGAGUGCAUUUGACUGUGUCAAGCGGGUGUACCAGGCAGAUGGGAUCCGGGGAUUCUACAGGGGCAUGUCAGCAUCCUACGCUGGUAUCUCAGAGACUGUCAUCCAUUUUGUGAUAUACGAGAGCAUCAAACGCAAGCUGCUGGAGUCCAAGGUCCAGGCCAACAUGGACGAGGAGGAGGAGGUGGUGAAGGAUGCGUCAGACUUCGUAGGGAUGAUGCUGGCAGCAGCCACAUCUAAAACCUGUGCCACAUCUAUUGCUUAUCCACAUGAGGUGAUCCGCACUAGACUUCGAGAGGAGGGUAGCAAGUACCGCUCGUUCUUUCAGACUUUUGGCAUGGUGAUGCGUGAGGAGGGCUACCGUGCCCUCUACCGCGGUCUCACCACCCAUCUGGUCCGGCAGAUACCCAACACCGCCAUCAUGAUGUCCACCUAUGAACUGGUGGUCUACCUGCUGAACGGUUAACCCAUCCCCCGCCCCCCAGCCCCGGCCAAGGAGGAAGAAAAGGAGAGUGAAGAAGAGAUCGAAGGAUGGAAAGAGAUGGAUAUAAGUGGAAAAUGGGAGAGGACUAGGAGGGCCCCAGAAGUUCUCCCAGGCCACUAGAGGGUGCUGUUGUCCGAGAGAUGAAAUGGAAAGAGUGGGGAGCAAGGGGAAGGGCGGAGGGUGGGAGGGAACGAAUGAUCGAGAAAGCGAUCGAGGGAGGAGGGGGCUAGUUCAAUCCUAUGACAACACUGCAGGGUGGUUGUUUGUAAUGGAUGGUGUCUUAUUGAACCAGCCAUUAGUGAUAAUCUCGUUUGAACUCUGUUGUCUCUCCAUAAUUCCUCUCUUGAAGAGGAGACAUUUGAGAAGACAAUCAGAUGGAGGGGGAUGCUUGACACUGUAACCCCUGUUUUAUGGGUGAAAACACUGAAAAUUAACGCUUGAUGCAAAUAUGCCACCAUUUCUGUUUUUGUUGUUGAUGAUGAUGAUGAAGAUGAUGAUGAUGAUUCAGUUUGUCAUUUGUUUUAAAACGGUCACUUACGCAACCACAGUUAAUUUGUCUGUAUGGGUUUCAUUUCUACACAGGUUCCUGUAGAGUUAGAAGUUGGUUGCUAAAGACAAGGCUGUGUUCAAGCAUGCCCCUCCGCUCGCCAGGGUGUCCCUCCCUCAGCUCAGCGCCACAGACUAACCAUGUGCAUCACGCCGAUCCUUCCGCUUUGCUCUCGGCCAAAUAGUCCUGACCCUUUUUAGUCCAUUACAACCCUAAAGGUCCUUCAUGUAGACAUGUGUUUCAUGCAAGCAAGAUGUCAUUUCAAUGGGGUUUGUGGAGUUGUGCGGUGAAGUCUUCAGUAGUUGCAGAUGAGCUCUGUAGCGCAGAGAGCGGCCCCUGUCUGCACGUCUCUUGAAUGCAGCUUUUUUUUUUUCCUCCUGUAACAUCCAGACCUGUCUCGCAGGCCUCUUCUGGAAAGGCUGCUUACUUGAAACUAGUCAGUGUUGAAGUCCGAACGGCAGCGCCUACAGACCUUUGUUCUGGAGUGUCAGACUCGGGGAUGUCUACUCAGACAUGGCCCUGACACACACACACGCACACAUGCACAUUACCAUCCGGGGAGGUGCCGCUCUCCCCACCCCCUCACCGUGGCUUUUUUUGUGGAUAGUUUUAGUCUUGUAUUAUAAAUAUAUAAAUAUAUAUUAAAAAAAGAAAGAAUAAAAAAACAGUAUUACUGUUGGAGCAAGACAGUGUUUUGCUUAGCAGUGUCCAUUGAAGAUAUUGUACAGUUCAGUGUACUUGAUUAAUUUUUAGUGAAGGAUAUUCCUAUAUGUGUAUAUAAUAUGCAUAUCAAAUAUCCCCUUGUCCAUAAUCUAGGUCCUAUGAUCAUGCAGUAGGCUGCAGUUUCAAAAGUAUUAUUUGAAUCAACUGCAUUUGUUCAAUGUAAAACAAGUUUGAAUCUAUCGCAAUAUGCGCAAUAUGGUGUGUCAAUGUGUUUUUGGUCGAUUUUAUUUUGUUUUCUUUGUUUUUCUCUUUCUUUUUGGUACAACAUGCUGGCCUUGGACUCCAUAGACAGCCCAAAAUGGAGUCUAUAAUUUUGUUUUCUGUUUUGCUUUGUUCUUUUAAUCCUUUUCUUGUGUGGAUCUGUGAAAGGUCAGUGUCCUCAUCUCAGAUGUAAGUUUACAUGCAGCGCCCCGUUCCUUAUUGUUUAUGGAGCUCAUAUUAGAUUGAUCAACUGGGUCACCCUCAGCUGGUCACCUCGUGGUUUCCCGUUUCUCCGGUUUCAUCUUUUGUGUCAAAACAGAUUAUAGGUUUUUUUUUUUUUUUUGUCAUUCUCUAACCAGCCAGCUUGUGGUCCUCAGUAACGUGUGAGUUGUGAGAAUCUUCUCUCCACAAGGCCAUUUGACGACAGUCCUCACUCGGGGUAGAUGUCAUAGUGAAUGUGUCUCUCCUUAUGCAAGUAGCGAGCUCAGAUCAUGAACUCGCUGCGGUAGUAUUUGGGUUGAACAUGAGUCUCCCUCCACUGAACUGUGAACGCUUGAAUUCCGUGUUUUUUUAUGUUGUCAUUGUCGGCAUACGGUACUCAUCUGUUCCAUCAGAUUCUGACAGGUGCUACAGAUUCCGUGUGGGACUUCCUGCAGCUGCUAUUGGCCUACAUGGUUCUGUAGUGCAUACUGUAAGGGGCUAUUCAUCCCUCUUAACAGUGUCGUAUUAUGUGACAACACUCAACUCAACAUUGAGCACUUGUCUCUGUGCAAAUACUAUAUCUUACACUAUCAUACUGUAUUUAUUAACAAUGACAAAUUUCCUAAAGGCAACUGCCAGAAUGGCACGGAUUCAGGUUAUUUGAUAAGUUAGCCGAAAUGGACAGGCCCUAUUACUUUAACCACCAAAGCAGUUCUGUUCAGUACACUCAGAGGUGGCAAAAAACAUGAAUUUCUAUUAGAAUGUGAGAAAUAUUAAAUCCUACCUUUGCCUAACCAGCCCAUGCGGAAAACAAGUAGUGCUUUGUGGAGCCACAAGCCAAAUGAGCCUGGAGAGGUGGGCUCCACUGUGGGCUGCACGGGUGGCCAGAUGCAGACAGCACCACAGCCAGUCAACUGUGGAAUAGCCCAGGUCCUCUUGGCAUUACAAAGCAAAAGCAAGAUGGAGGCCAUUGGGAUGGCAAACAUCUCUUAAGCUUGUAUUAAUUAUUCUUGACACGAUCGGCCCAGAUUUGGCUUACUAACUGCAGGUGUAUAACCUGCCAACAUGGCAUUACACAGCAGAUGUGACAACUGUUAAAAUAAAUCCUGCCAACUGGAGUCCACCAAGGGAUGUUUGAAGAACAUUUGUUGCAGUUGCUGAAUAUAACGAUAAAAAAAAAAAAAUCAGUUGACAAGAUGAUGGGAGCUCUGGAAGUGAUGAUGGGUGCUUAGGGAGCUCAUGGGUCUGUGUGUCUCAUUUCACCAUUCUUGAACCUGUUUUUUUGGUGACAAAAUACUCUGGGGAGAUUAUGGUGUCCCAAGCACCAGAUCACUCAACACUAAUGCAUUGAAAAUUUCUGUUGAAUGUUUUAUUUAUCCUUCCUCCAUUAAGUUCUGAUUUUGUUUUGUUUGGGCUUUUUUACACCUUAAAAUGUGGCCUAUUCUUAGCUGGCUAUGUGUUAUACCUCCUUUUGUACAAAAUAAAAAAAAUCAACUAAAUAAUAAUAAAAAAAAUAAAAUAAAAUAAAGAA